CAGCACGGCACACUCAACAUUGCAUUAUGUAAUUGACUGGAUCCAUCGUCCAAGAGUUUCAAAGACGGUCCCAGUGAAGCCGAAUGCUCUCAUUCCAAGGAACACGGCUGAAGCUAACAGCUGUGGUCUUGGCCCUGUGCGCAAUUAAACGAUGAAAUUCCCUCACCCUUUCAAGGUCCUCUUGCUUCGACAAUAGUUGCAGGCUGCAGAUGCGUGAAACUGUCGCAGUAGCAGUCUGGGACCUCUAAUGGCAGAUGAAAAGUCAAGUUUCAGGUGGCGAUGAAUGCACGAUCCGAUUCCGAUGUCCCGUACAACGGCGACGCGUUGAUAGGCGUGUCCGUUGCGAUUGCCGUUGUUCAGAUCGUGGUGGUUAUAGCACGCUUUUAUACACGACGACGCCUGCAACAGCUGGCCUUUGCUCUCGACGAUUAUCUUAUUCUUCUGGCAUUGAUCGCCAGUUUAGGCCAGUCGGCUUUGUACAUUAUCUUGGUCAAACUCGCAGGAGUCGGACAUCACAUGGAAUAUGUCGAAGAGACGCCUGAAAAGCUGGUGAUUUUGGAGAAGGGCCUGUACGCCAACGGAAUUCUCGACUUCCCAUUCACAGUCACCCCAGCCAAGAUAUCCAUUCUGGUCUUCUACCUCCGGAUCUUCACCACUCGAUCCUUCAAAAUAAUGGCCUACAUAGUCGGCACCAUCGUGCUCGGACACGGCCUCGGCAUCCUAUUUGCAGCCAUCUUCCAGUGCUGGCCGAUAGCAUACGUCUGGGACAAAACCAUCGAAGGAGGAUCGUGCUUCAAUCAACUGGCGUUUCUACCGCUACGGAAGUUAGCUUUAACAGGAGUAUUCCUUCUCGGCAGUUUAGGAACCGUAGCCAGUAUUCUACGAAUGACAAUCUUCUUCCAAGAAAACGCCACGACCGACCCAACCUGGACAUCCACCAACCUCGGCAUCUGGACCAUCCUAGAAGGCGGUAUCAUCAUCAUCGCCGCCUGUCUCCCGCCCAUUUGGCCAUUGAUCAUGCGGAUACUCCCUCAACAGCUACGCAGCAAGGGAUCCUCGCAGACUCCGCAGCGCUACUACCAGCGCCGCUACCCGACUAAUCAGGCCAAUGGCAAGACUCCGGAGGGAUUCUCCCGACUCGGAGAUAACAGUCAGUCGCGCGGAUCGCAUGUCCCGUCGCUGGGAAGUCAGACGAUUGUGGCGCGUGAAUCUGAGUAUUAUUCAGAGAAUAUCUCAUUGGAGGAGGCGGUGCAUGGGUAUAGAGUUGUGGAGAGGGAGGGGCCGUAG